CUGAACUAUCGCGAGAGCUUCCGGGAAGUGGUCAACAACAGACCGCUUCCGUGUUAGCCGCCUAGCAGGCUAACUGUAGGCUAGCUGCAGGCUAACUGUAAGCUAGCUGCAGGCUCACGACCCGGCGGACCUCAGGUCUCAGUUUGUUAACGGCCGUACGUCCGAGCUGAUUCCAUGAGGAUGGGGAUGAAGAUGAGGAUGAGGAUGAAGAUGAGGAUGAGGAUGGGGAUGAAGGCGGGGCUUCAGUCUGUCCUCUGACUGCCUGUAUGGAGGAUGUGGUUCUUCAUUAUCAGUCUGGAUCAGUGGAGGAGCUCAGCUCUCUGUUCCAGAGGACAGAGAAGCUUCUGGAGUGUUUCCCCUGUCGGCCUCCUCCGCUCUUCACGCCCUGGUUCCCCUCACACCACCGCCCCCCCAUCAGACCGGCCAAACCAGCGCCUGUCAUCACCUGCGCAGGAGAUUCACUGGUGUCCGACAGCAGGCUGCAAUGUACUGGCUUUGUUUCUAAAAAACACCACAAUCACCCAACUUCAGAGACGACAGGAAGUCCCCCUGAAAAGUCACAGAAAGGAAAUGGUGUCCUCUGCAUUUCAGAAACUCCGAAUCAUCUCCAACCAGAGAGAAGAGUCACCGGACUGUCGCCCCAAAAACUGCCACCGGAGGACAGACAUGGCGUCCCUGUCCCAGACAGACAUGGCGUCCCUGUCCCAGACAGACAUGGCGUCCCUGUCCCAGACAGACAUGGCGUCCCUGUCCCAGACGCUGUGGUCAAACGCUCCUGGAGCGUGUUUACCCGGCGAGGCGUCUUUCCACAGAGCUGCCACUCGCUGUCCAAACAGUUUGACCACAUGGUGUCUGUCCACAGGCUCCACCUCCGUCAGAGAGCCAAGUGGGUGAUCAGAGGGGACAACUGUGGGUCGGCCCGGGACAUCGAACAGGUGUGGCGGACUCUGAGCCGGUGCGUCCGGAGGGGCGAGCUGCCGACGUGCAACGCCAACAUCCAGAGGGACCUGGUGGAGAUCUGGGUGUUCUGUGACGUGCUCUGCUCGGAGCAGGUGGGACGUUUCCUGAAGGCCGAGCUGCAGCUGUCAGGACGGAUCCUUCUGUCCGUUCACCAGAGAGGAAACGUCUUCAGCUUGUAGAACAACUCGCCACAGACUCCGGUUUUUACACGUUUACAGGUUUUUAACAGUGAAAACACUUCAAUGUAAAAGUCAUGUUGUUAACAUGGAGCUCGAGGUUCUUCUCCAUGUUUGCAUGAAGCUUCUUGAUCGAUUGGAAACCUGCAUCAGGUGUUUACACUCUGUACUGGUUACACUGGGGAGGAACUCUACUACAAUAUUCACUAUUAACUCUUUAUAUUCACACUCACAUGACUUUCAACCAGUAGAGUGCUUCAGACGACAUCCUCUCUACUGCACUGAGCUUUUAGAGCUCCUCCCUGAAGCCAUGGAAGUGCCUGGUGUCCCCCUCUCAGGAGCUUCCCUUCAUCUCUGAUGGAGACGGAGAGGACGAGUGUGUUUCUGUCUUCUGCUUCGAGACGUCUUUAUGAGACGGCCUCUGAAUUCUCAGGACAACUUUCACUGACGUUUUAUGAGAAUUUACUUGAUGAAUGAACCGAACAUGAAUUAAACCACAGACACGUGAAAUCCAGAUGAUUGUGUAUUUAAAUUCACCGGAGAACAGGUUAUACUUUGUCGUCACGCUCUGUUGUAAAUAAAGGUUUGAUAUUUGUAAUGAA